GACCCAAAUAAAAUAAUAAGUUUAAAUACAUUAUAUAAAAAAAUAAAUUAAUCCAUUUACGCCUCAUACCUUUACAUAUAUCAUCAAACUUCCUCUCAUUUCUCUACAUCAAACUCAUUCUCUUUUUAUACUCUACACCACCAAGUACCAACAAUAUAUAUGAGAACGAUGGUAGACUUGGGUAGAGAAAGAAGCAGCCAUCUACGAGUCAUUAACUCUCCAACCAACGUUGACUGUGCCCGUGAAGUCCGUCUCCGACGAACUCUACGUUCCCUCAUCGAGUGCUUAAUCCCAUACUGUUGUACUUACCAAUCUCUUCCCUCCGACCAUAACGAUACAGUAUCUUCCUCUUUCUCCGACAAAACCGGUGCCGUUGUUACCGGAACAUUCUUCGGUCACCGUCAUGGCCACGUCAGCUUCUGCCUCCAAGACGACACUCACCCGUUCUCUCGGUCGCCUCUCCUCCUACUCGAGCUAGCCGUUCCCACCGCCGCUCUAGCUCGGGAGAUGGAGGAGGGCUUUCUCCGAAUCGCUCUCCGGAGCAAAAGCAACCGAAGGGAUAAUAUCUUAGACGUGCCGGUUUGGUCUAUGUACUGCAACGGAAGGAAAGUUGGGUUCGCCGUGAAGAGAGAGAUGACUGAAAGCGACGUCGUGUUUCUUCAGAUGAUGAAGUCUGUUUCCGUUGGCGCAGGGGUGGUUCCAAACGGCGAGACGUUGUAUUUGAGGACGAAGUUUGAGAGAGUCACCGGGUCGAGUGACUCGGAAGCGUUUCAUAUGGUCAACCCAGAGGGUAGUUAUGGACAGGAGCUUAGCAUUUUUCUUUUGAGAUCGUGAUAUACUUAAGGCCUGUUCGUUUGGUUGCCGCAGGUUUCUGCGUCGGCGUCAACGUCGGCGUCGGCGUCAGCGGCAGCGUCAAACUCGUUUGGUUGUUGUUCGUUUCGUAGACGUUGACGCAGUCAUAGAUUGUUGUUCGUUUCGAAGACGCAGAUAGUUGACGCUGACGCCGACGCAGGAAACAAAUUUGAAUGAUGUUCGUUUGAUAGACGCUGCGGUUAUUUUCAUUUAUUCAUUAUUUUAUUUUAAAAAUUGUAAAAUUAUAUUUUAAAUAAAUAAAAUAUAGUUUAAAUA